GCCCUGGGUUCAGCAGGCCAAUGCUCCAACCACUGAGCUGUCCCUCCCCCCAGGGCUUUGGCCAGGGGGAGCUGGAAGUGCAGAUCCCCGGCCCCCUUGGGCUCUGUGCUUUGCAGGGUGUGGGCACCCCUCAGGGGAAGGCGGGGAGGGGAGGGGGGACCCAGACUCCUUCCAGGGACCAUAUGGCCCAGUGCUAAAAUCCACAAGCCCGUCCCCUGUACAAUGCCGGCGCCCAGGAACUGAACAAACGCCCCCCCUUUAGGAAGGGCAGGCUCUAUAGGUCAGAAUAGACCCCCUCCCCCCAGGCCGGCGCAGAACAAGCCGGUUAGGGGCCGGCCUGGUGUCUCUCCCCCCAGGCCCCUCUCUGGAGCUUCCCAGCCUUGGCAGCUCCGGCAGGGGGAGGAACCGCAGGGAGGCCUCGGCUGGGGGAGGCUGAGCCGGAUCCCGUCUCCUCCCCCACCGCCUGGGAAGAGAGCUCCAGAGGGAGGGUGUCGGCCUGCGGGGGAGGGGUGCCCCCCUUUCCGCCGGGACUGGGGCUGUCAGACACGGGCCCCCUCUGGGAAGGGCUGCAGCUCGCUGACAACGGCACAGACCCAUGCUGGCCAAAGGCGUGAAGCGCCCGCGCGGGGAGAUGGAGGGCGGCGAUCCGGAGCCCCGAGACCCCGGCGCCGCCCCGGCCAGCUCCUUGUUCAACAUCUCCAUGGUGAAGCUGCACCAGAGCCUGCGGCAUGUGGAACCCAACCUGCGGCACUUGGUGCUGGUGGCCAACACCCUGCGCCGGAUGCAGGACCAGAUGCAGCGGGAGGCCAGGGGGCCGGAUAGCCCCGAGGCCCCGUCCGUGGUGGAUUCUCCUGCCCCUGUCUCAGACUCGAGGGACAGUGGCCUGGAGCCCUGCCGGCAGCCACCCUCCGACAGCCAGGGGGACGAUCUCCUCCUCUCCACCAUGGACACCUCCAUCUCCACCAUCCUGGAGGACCUGGGUCAGGUGGAGGUGCUGAGCCCCGCCCGGCCCGAAGAGGAGCAGCCGUUGGCCGGCGCGUCUGGAGCCAGGCAGGAGCCGGCUAGGACCUCAGCCCCUUGCUUGGGCCCCUUGGAGCUGCUCAGCUCGGCCAGCUACCUGCUGGAGGACGGCCUGGAGGACAUCUUUGAGGACAUCGACACCUCCAUGUACGAUUGCGACCUGUGGUCGCCCACCAGCCUCUCCGGCUUCAAGGCUUUCUCCGGUGCGGAGGACUCGGACAGCAAGGCGCUCGCCGGCGCCGAAGACCGGCUGGACAUGAGCGACCUGGACUACCUGAUGGACGUGCUCGUGGGGGGACACGCGCUCUGAGGGGGGGCAGAGGGAGGGUGACAGUAUUAAAUACCCCUCCUCUAAUUUAUAUGGGGCCCGAUCCUCAGCUGUCAGUGGAGCCGGCUGAUACCUGCUGCAGACCCGGCCCUCUGGGCCUCGGCCUGAAUUCUCAGCCAGGCUCGGGACCCUCUGCCCUGCCCUGGGGUGGCGUUGGCUCCCGAGGAUUCCCGUGCGUAGGGGCCUCCCUGGUCAGCGCGGAGCUGGUGUAACGGCCCUGCUCCCAGCCCCUGAUGGGGGGCGGGCGGAUCGGGGGGGUGGCUGGAGCACACUGGGCCGUGGCAGUUCUCAGCCCCCUGGGGCCCAUAGGGGGAGAAGCAUCAGUUAGAGCAGCCCUGAGGUUGCUCUAACUGACACCAGGGCUCAGAAUACAGGGAGCGCAAAGGGGCCUUAAAGCCACCGUAGCCCCCGGCCCAAGAGCAAGAGCUGAGAAUGGCAACGUGUUCAGUGAGCCCCUCCCCACUGCCCUGCCCCCGUCUCACCCCCAGCCCCCCCCAGCCCAGCUAGAUGAGCCCUGGGGGGGGGGGGGCGGUAAGAGGCCGUUUCCUGGCCCGGGGCGGGUCCCAGGUUGGGCUCUGAACGGUUUGGAAGUAACUUAUUGUCUGAGCCACAGCGAAAGUGUCGGAAGCUCCCGAAAGCCGAACUGCUUUGAAAAGAAAAUAAGAGCCCUGGCUCUGCA